AUGCCGGUCGAAGAAUUAGAAGACAGGGUCAUUUUAACUGACGUUAACGAUUCCAACACCAAAUUAACCAUCUUAAAGUUCGGAGCCACAAUCAUAUCCUGGCAUCAUCAAGGAGAAGAAAAAUUAUGGCUUUCGAAAGCGGCUAAGUUAGAUGGAUCAAAGCCAGUUCGAGGUGGUAUUCCACUUGUAUUCCCUGUUUUUGGAAAACAAAAAGACCCUAAUCAUCCAACAGCAAAAUUGCCUCAACAUGGUUUCGCUAGAAAUAAUACAUGGGAAUUUCUUGGUCAAACUAGUGAAAAUCCACCAACAAUUCAAUUUGGGUUAGGACCAGAACAAUUGGAUGAAGAAACAAGGCUGAAGUGGCCCUUUGAUUUCACCUUGAUUUUAACUGUUUCAAUCUCGGGUGACAAAUUGGUUCAAAAAAUUGAAGUUGAAAAUACUGGAUCCACCCCAUUUGAAUUCAAUUGGUUAUUCCACACUUACUACCAUGUUGAAGAUAUAACUGAUGUCUUGGUCAACAACUUGGUCGAUGUAUCCUGCUACGAUCAAUUGAUUGCUGAACUGUACACUGAAAAAGCACCAGCAAUUUCAUUCCAUGAAGAAUUUGAUCGUAUUUACCAAAACGUAAACCCUAAACGUACAAUUCAAAUUAUUGAUAAGGGUAAAGUGUUGUACAAUUUACAUCGUACUAAUUUGCAAGAUUCAGUAGUCUGGAAUCCAUGGACAAAGAAAGCUGAAGGGAUGGGUGAUUUCGAACCUAAACUGGGAUUCCAUAAUAUGGUUUGUGUUGAACCGGGUCAUGUAAGUUCAAUGGUGUUGUUGCCGGCAAAGGAAAAAUGGAGUGGUCAACAAGAAAUUGUUAUUGGUGGUGAGAUUAAAGUACAAACUAAUAUUUAUGAAUGA